CAUAGCAUUGAACACACACACACACAUACAACCCUUAAUUCUGUGAGAGAAAAAAACACCAAAAAAAUUUAAAUGGCCAGUUUUCUGAAGUUGUUGGCUGCUCUAUCUCUCAUGCUGAUCCUUGUCUUUUCAAAUGGAAUAGUGACAGAGGCCAGGACCUGCGAGUCCAAGAGCCACCGGUUCAGGGGGGCCUGCGUGCUGAAGGCCAACUGCGCGGCGGUGUGCCAGACCGAAGGCUUCCACGGCGGCCACUGCCGCGGCUUCCGCCGCCGCUGCUACUGCACUAAACACUGUUGAGAAGAAACCUGACUGACCACUCUUUUUACUUAUUUUAUUUUGUUUUUAAAUUACCCUGAGAAUAAAUUGAUUAAUUACUAUAUAUGUGUGUGUAUAGUAAUUAAUUAUAUCAGGAGUUUCGUAUUUUAUUAAUUAAUACUAUAUUAUAUUUAGUAAAUAAUUAUUGUAUUGUGUGUGUGUGGUUUGAUAAUGGAGUCCUGACCCAAUUUAAUUUUGGGUUCUGCCUUCCUAAUGUUUGAAUCUGCUUUUCUGCAAUUUCGAGUUGCAGUUGAUUUUGUAAUCGGCUGUAUUACAAUUAAUAAAUUAUAAUAUGUGUGUGUGUGUUUUUUUUUUCUUUUUUAUAAUCUUGA